UAAUGUUGGCGCCUUCAGCACCAUAAUUAUCUGAGGUGGAUACAUUUAUCAUGCUCUGAACCUAGCCAAACACUUGGAACUCUCCAGUCUCCACCAAGAACAAAUUUCUGGUGAAAAUGUUGCCCCAGGCUACAUAUUAAGCUCCAUAGCAUGCUCGCAUCGGGCAACACUGGCAAGAGAGAGAUCAGAACCCUGCAUAACACCACUGGAACACAUUCCAGUUGCCGCUAGCCAGCUCCAGCACCAUCAAUUGGAAGCCCACAAACCCUCAACAAUGCAUCCAUCCAGUUCAAUUCUACAUACCCUGCAGCGUGUCAAAUUAUAUUUGGCCACAAAUCUCUCAUCAUCAAAUUUGGAGGCGGCAAGGAUCAUUGAGGACAAAUUUCAGAAGCUCCUUGGAUUUCUGUCCAUGAAGCUUGCUACCCUGUCCAGAUGUCUGACACAAUUCAUCACGCACUCUUUCUGGCGUCUGGUUUUCCAAAGCAAUCCUUUUGUAGUUCAACUCAUUUACUUCAUGGCAAUCUCAUUUGCUGGUUUUGUUGCUCUGAAGAAUCUCAACCCGCAUGGGAAGCCAGUUCCAAGUGAUUUUGACCUGAUGUUCACCUCUGUGUCCACAGCGACUGUCUCGAGCAUGUCGACAAUUCAAAUGGAGGAUUUAUCUGACCAGCAGCUCUGGGUUCUGAUCCUUCUGAUGCUAUUGGGAGGGGAAGUGUUCACUUCAAUGCUAGGGCUCCAUUUCAACAAUGCCAAGGCCAACAAAGAAGAGCUUUCUCGGAGAAGUUUGAGUUCGAACAGCAGGGAAAUCGAGGUCAGCAUUCCUGCCAACAGCAUAAAGCAGAUUGAUAUGGAAAGUGGCCAACCAGAACCAGUUAUAUCACACAACCAGGUACAGCAAACCAAAAGCACAAGACAUAGUUCUCGCGCUAUCUUGGCCCACAUAGUGACAGGUUAUUUUUUAGCUAGUGUUAUGUCCAGUUCUGUAGUCAUUAUUAGUUACUUUUGGCUUAAUUCAGAUGCAAGGCAAGUCCUACAAAGUAAAGAGAUCAAAGUAUGCACCUUUGCCAUCUUCAUAGCAGUGUCCUCAUUUGCAAAUUGUGGCUUCACUCCACUAAACAGUAAUAUGCAAGCUUUCACAAAGAACUACAUUCUUUUGCUUCUAGUAAUCCCGCAAAUUCUAGCAGGCAAUACUUUAUUUUCACCACUCCUAAGGUUAAGCGUGUGGGCCUUGGGGAAAAUCAGUGGAAAACAAGAGUGCGCUCACAUCCUUCGGUAUCCUGAGGAGACUGGCUACAAGCAUUUGCCCACACAGCGGAACUCUGUUUACAUCUUUCUGACAGUAAUAGGGCUGAUUUUGCUGCAAGUUAUAUGUGUUUGCUCUUUGGAGUGAGGUUCAAAGGCCUUUGAAGGAAUGAACUGGUUUCAGAAAUUGGUAGGCUCAUUGUUUCAGAGUGUCAAUACAAGACAAGCCGGUGAAGCCGUUGUUGAUAUCUCUAAGCCUAACAAACACACUAGAGAUGGUAUGGCUCUGGACAUAUAGCCGAUGUAAUGCAUACACCGAACAUAUAUGAGAGCAGAAGCGCGAUUUAGUU